AUGGACGCGUAUCUGAGAACAGUCAACAACACUAACUACCGAAGGCCUUUUCUAGAUUUUCGCGAAAGGCUGUCGCAGGUCUGGCUGAACAAGUACACAAUCGUGAUGAUCCUGAUGCUCUUCAAGCUUCUGCUUUUUCGGAUCGCGCUCGAUGCGUCGCUAGAACAGGCAAGAAAACAGACCUAUGGCGCUUGCUUGAAUGCAGAGACCUACGCCUCUUCACUGACGAGCGUACCGCAUUAUAUUUCAAAGAGCGCGAACGUAAUGAUAGCCAAGGGCUUGAGCGAGGCUAACAAGGGCUUUAUGGAGGUUCUUGACAUGGUUCUGACAGGGUCGAAGGGGCUGAUUAUGUUUGCGAUUGAGAUGACCAUCGGAACGUAUGUCUGCGUACUCACAGCAACAGUGGAUGCCACCGCGGAGGUUGCUUUGAACGCUACCGAGAGCGUCAUUUCACUGGCCAACGAUACGGUAAAGACGUUUGCCGAGGAGCUGCAAGAUGGGCUUGACGGUGUUUCCAAGGUGGUCAAUGCUCUAAUCAAGACCUACGAGGACGUGAAAGAUUUCUUUGAUGACGACGAUGACGACUCGGACGUGAGCAGCAGCAUGAAUAAGGUCAAUCUCACUAUCUCGUCCCUUAAGAAAUGGCAGAUUCCAGGCUCGAUCAACACCAAGCUGGAGAGUCUGUCCAAAAACCUGCCAGAUUUCGACGAUGUGAUGAACUACACAGAAGGCCUUGUGAGUGAGCCGUUUGACUCUAUGAAGAAAAUGGUGUCGUCGCGCCUCGACCACGAGUUCGACGCCGACGAGCUGAUGGUUCCGGACAAAAAAACUAUGACUUUUUGCGCUGGCUCCGGCAUAGACGAGUUUUACCAGGACCUUGCGCACUUGCUAUGGAAAGCAUCCAGCAUCAUGUUUGUUGUACUCGUUCUGGCAGCUCUAGGGUUCAUUGCGUUUGAGAUAUACAUGGAAAAAAAGCAUUGGGACCGCCUCCGGGAUAUUGGAGCCAAUUUCCACCAAAUAGAGGCAACCGCAGCAACCAAGCACAAAGACGACCUUGCAGCAGAACUCGUCGACAUAUCAUGCAAUCGAUACAGUUUCCUAAUAGGGCAAAAACUGGGGAAGUUGUUUUUCGGGCCGAGUGUCACACGACUCAAUACCGUGCGGUGGGUGGUGAACUACGUUUCUAGCGACCGCAUGCUGCCAGUAUUGCUACUUACGCUGGCUGGAAUGGCGACUUUUAUACUGCAGCUGAUUCUGCUUGAUUUGCUUGCGGGAAAAGACACCGCUGCUCUUGAUUCUAGUUUCAAGUCUAUCGGGUCGCAAGUACGCUCCAAUGUGAACGAUUCUCUUGCCGAGUGGGCAAAUGACACGAACCUCUACAUUUCCGACCAGGAAACCUCAAUCAAUGAUGAGCUUUUGGGCUGGAUCCACAACAGCACGGGCUCGCUCAAUGCCACUCUGGGAGAGUUUGUCGAUGAGAUGAACGACAAGAUUUCUGAUGUUUUUGGCAAUACUCCGUUGUACCCAUAUGUGAGCGGCAUUGUUGGGUGCACAGUGACGCGAAAGAUCCAGAAAGUCGAAAAAGCGCUUUCCUGGAUCAACAACCACUCGCACGUGUCGUUUCCGCGGAUCGACUCUGCGGGAUUCGACCUGACCGACUCCAGAGACUCGGGUUCUGUUGAUCAGUAUUUGGAAGACACCAAGUCGACGUUGGCCAAGACCAGAGAUAAUUUGGUGGAAAAAUACAGAUCCUCUUUGAGAAUCGAGCUGUACAUAUCUCUGGUUUUGUUGGGGAUAUGGCUCUUAUCUCUUGGGGCUGCUGUGUUCACUGCCUGGCUACUUCCUCCUAGAAAAGACACAACAGAAAGCAUCAGUACGCUAGAUACCAUUCAGACCUGGCAAAACACGGCACAAUCCGGCUCAUCCCUCGCAAUGCCCGAAAAACUGAAGCUCAGAGAGGAUGAUCAUGAGUCUCACGAUUUUUUUGCCGGCCCAGGCAAUAUUAAUCAAACACUACAGCAGCUGCUGAAUAGAUUGCGCUACAACGCAAAACGAGAAUCCGUUGACAGUCUGAACUCCUUCGAGACUGUUGUCACUUUCCAGCCAGACUCUGAGCCUCGCCACUUGGAAGACUCUUCCACUUCCUUCGCAGACCCAACCAUAGAAACUGCGCGGCGCUGGACUCCCUAA